GGUGGAGCCCAUUCUGAUCAAAAUCUCGUCUUUCUCAAGUCUCUUUCCCCUCAUAAAUCUCUCACACCCAACCACCCCACACCUUCCACCACCACUUUUCUUUCCUUCCUUCCCAUAUCCUCUCCUCCUGUAAAUCCCCCUCCUCUCUCUCAUUUCUACUCUCCAAAACAAUAACAAGCACAAUGAAGAAAAACCUCUUAUUAACGCUAGUCUUUCUCUUCUUUCACUUCCUUGCUAACACCGAACCAAGCCACUCCCUCACACCUGAUGGACUCUCCCUCCUAUCCUUAAAAUCAGCCGUUGAUCAAACAUCAACUGGCUCUGCUUUCUCUGACUGGAACGAAGAUGACCCCACUCCAUGUCUCUGGACCGGAAUCUCCUGCAUGAACAUAACCGGAUUGCCAGACCCUCAUGUUGUAGGCAUUGCAAUCUCCGGCAAGAAUCUCCGCGGCUAUAUUCCAUCAGAGCUUGGGAACUUAAUUUAUCUUCGGAGACUUAAUCUUCACAACAACAACUUCUACGGUCCAAUACCUGACCAGUUGUUUAACGCUACUUCACUUCACGGUCUCUUUCUCUACGGUAACAAUCUCUCUGGUUCUCUCCCUCCUUCAAUCUGUAACCUCCCUCGUCUCCAGAAUCUUGAUCUUUCCAACAACUCGCUGUCUGGUUCUUUGCCUCAAAACUUGAAUAGCUGCAAGCAGUUGCAGAGAUUGAUCCUUGCGAAGAAUAAAUUCUCUGGUCCAAUUCCAGCUGGGAUUUGGCCUGACUUGGAUAAUUUAUUGCAGCUUGAUCUCUCUGAUAAUGCUUUCAAUGGAUCCAUUCCUAAUGAUGUUGGUGAGCUUAAGUCUCUGUCCAACACUUUAAAUCUUUCUUUCAAUCAUUUAUCGGGUAGGAUUCCGAAAUCACUGGGAAAUUUACCUAUUACUGUCAGUUUUGAUCUGCGAAGCAACAAUUUCAGCGGUGAGAUACCUCAAACAGGGUCUUUUGCAAACCAAGGACCGACUGCUUUCCUUAACAACCCUUUGCUUUGCGGGUUUCCGCUUCAUAAAUCCUGCAAGGACUCUGCAAAGAGCUCAUCGGGAAAUCAGAAUUCAACUCCGGUUUCUGAUAAUAAUUCUAAAAAGGGAUUAAGUCCCGGUUUGAUAAUAUUAAUCUCAGUAGCUAACGCGGCUGGUGUAGCGCUUCUUGGUCUCGUAAUAGUAUACAUUUACUGGAAAAAGAAGGAUGAUUCUAAUGGUUGUAGCUGCACUGGAAAAAGCAAAUUUGGUGGCAAUGAGAAAUCACACUUGUGUUCGCUAUGCUAUUGUGUUAAUGGACUUCGAAUUGAGGAGUCUGAUUUGGAAGAUCAGGAAAAGGUGGAAAGAGUGAAACCAGAAGGAGAGCUUGUGGCAAUCGAUAAAGGUUUCACCUUUGAGCUUGAUGAAUUGCUAAAAGCAUCUGCUUAUGUGUUGGGGAAGAGUGGGUUGGGGAUAGUGUAUAAAGUAGUGCUUGACAAUGGCAGCCCUGUGGCUGUGAGGAGGCUUGGCGAAGGAGGAGAGCAGAGGUAUAAAGAGUUUGUAGCAGAGGCGCAGGCUAUUGGAAAGGUCAAGCAUCCAAAUGUUGUCAAGUUGAGAGCUUAUUAUUGGGCUCCAGAUGAGAAGCUUUUAAUCAGUGAUUUCAUCUCCAAUGGCAACUUGGCUAAUGCUUUUCGAGGGAGAAAUGGACAGCCAUCAAGUCUUUCAUGGUCAACCAGGCUGAGAAUCGCCAAGGGAACAGCCAGGGGCUUAGCCUACCUUCACGAAUGCAGCCCAAGAAAAUUUGUCCAUGGAGACCUCAAGCCAUCUAAUAUUCUCCUCGACAACAAAUUCCAACCUUACAUUUCUGAUUUUGGCCUGAACCGACUGAUCAACAUCACCGGCAAUAAUCCCUCCUCUUCAGGUGGCUUUAUAGGUGGAGCACUCCCUUACUUAAAAUCAGUUCAAACAGAGCGACCAAACAACUACCGUCCUCCAGAGGCCCGUGUUUCUGGUAACAGACCAACCCAAAAAUGGGAUGUGUAUUCAUUUGGAGUUAUUUUGCUUGAAUUGCUUACUGGAAAAUCUCCAGAGCUUUCACCAUCAGCAUCCACUUCGAUAGAAGUUCCAGACUUGGUGAGAUGGGUGAGGAAGGGUUUUGAAGAAGAAAACCCUUUAUCAGACAUGGUAGAUCCAUUGUUGCUCCAAGAAGUGCAUGCCAAAAAAGAGGUAAUAGCUGUUUUUCAUGUUGCCCUUGCUUGCGCUGAAGCUGACCCUGAGGUCCGUCCAAGGAUGAAAACUGUAUCCGAAAAUCUUGAAAGGAUUGGAACAUAGGAGGAAUGCUGGCUUUUCCAGCAACUAGCUGCCACAUUCUUCUGGGAAAAAAGUUGAUUUCUCAACAGGCACUCCAUUUUUGGCCAUGGUUGAAUUUUUAAAAGGUCAGGUGGCUCAAAGAUUGCUUCGGAUCAGACUCACUGGCUCCGAAACCUAGCCUAAAACUUUUGGACAGGUCCAGCAAGUUUUCAUGGUAUAGCUGGAAUGAGGAUACAAUUUCUUUUCUUUUGUGGGAGGUACGGAAGUAGCUUCGUUUGUAACUCAAAUUUCUAUUUCCAGUUUCCAUGGGAGAUCUCUCUCUCUACUUUUCACAGCUUUUCUUCUUUUCUGGGUUCCUUUCUUGGUUGAGAUCAAGAGAAUUUAGUAGUGAUAGUUGAUUCGUUUGGUGUCAGCGUUGGGUUAUGUAAUAAGCACCGAGAAAAAAUCAAUCCAUGCAAGCCUUCAAUACCAGAGGCUGUGCUGUCCUAUAAUACUAUAAGAGUAUCAAAUCUGACGCGUAUCUGAGAUUUUUUACGCUA